AUGCCUCAACAUGAAGGCAAAGAUGAGAAGAAAGUAACUGAAGGGCAAUGGACGACCGGUUUAUACGAUUGUCUAUCCGAAGAUAUCUCUACAUGUUGCUUCACAUGGUUUUGUCCUUGCGUCGCAUUUGGGAGGAUCGUCGAGAUACUUGACAAAGGAGAAACACGUCAAGGACUAGCUGGAUUAAUGGUGGUGGCAAUGUCACACAUUGGUUGUGGAUGGUACUAUGCUUCAAUAUACAGAGCCAAAUUGAGAAACCAAUACUCCUUGCCCGAGGAACCUUGUGCCGAUGGCGCCAUUCACUUCUUCUGUUGCCCAUGUGCGCUUUCUCAAGAACACCGCGAACUCAAGUAUCGAGGUCUUGAUCCCUCUCUAGGGUGGCAAGGGAAUACCGAAAAAGGAAGUUCAGACAGCAAAACGCCGCCGUUUGUAGCGUCAAGCAUGGACCGUUGA